UAUGCCGGCAAACAGCUGUUCAACAGCAACCAGCCCUGGCACUGCCAGGGUUGCCUUUACAUCGCAUCAAAUAAAUAUAGAAAACACACGGAGCUAUCAGCUGUUAUCAGCACUCGGUUUUCAUUCCCCUCGCUAUAAAAGACAAACCAAAAUACAGUAAUUUGUAUAAAACUAAGAGAAUGCAAUUGUUUAUACAGAUAGCGCUGAUGUGCCUAAUCAACACACUCCUGCCAGACAUCAUACGAAACUACCUCAAAAUUUCUCGUUUUUGGAAGAGAACAGCGGCAAACACACAAAUCCUACAAUCAACGCUAGACGCAGCACGUGAGGAACUGGACAAUGUGCUCACCGCUCUGCAUGCGGGCGAAUAUGCCAAAAAGAUCAAAACAAUGCGUGCCGAGCGCAAAGUUGCCGAAGCCGAGUCCAACAUCAAAAUGGCCAGGCAAAUGGAAGUAAUUAAACAGUCAACCAUCGAUACGGUGGCCUACUAUGUGUCGAAGGUGCUUCUCUCCCUGAUCCUCAUCAUCGUUUGUGCCCGCAAUCGCCACGCGCCCGUUAUGGUCUUCGACGAUAGUUUCAGUCUUGCGCCGCUGAGCGGUUUGCUCAGUUUUCCGACUGGCGUUUAUAACGCGAUUUCAGUACCUGUUUGGGCUUUCUCAUGUAAUUUCACCUUUCGCCUACUCUACGGUUUGUUGGCGAAGAAGUGAUUUGGAACGGGAUGAUUUGUAUCUUUUUGUAUUUAACUGGAAUUAAGUCUUACUGUUAAAAGUGCUCGAUUAUGUAUGUAUGUAUGUAGUUUGCUUAGCUUCAUCAAAAUUUUAACAAAUUACUCAUUAAGUCCUUAUGUACUUUGCACAGAAAGUAACAAAUACAACCGGAGAAUUGUAAUUUGUCCUCUAUGCGAAAGCAUUUUAAAGCACGCGCUUGAGUUUAAUAGUUAAAUAUCGCAAGGAAGUAUCGAUAUAUUAAUUCACAUUUAAGUGCGGGAAAAUAUAGGAUUGUAAUAAAUACUUGAAUGAAA